UUAAGUGGAUGGACAGAUGAAACCAGCUACAACAAUUCGAUUUUUUAAUCGUUCCGAAUUUUAUACCGUUCACGGAGAUGACGCCUCAUAUGCCGCACAAAACUUGUUCGGCACCCAUACUGUUAAAUACAUGGGGGAACAACCGAAACUCAGUUAUCUGGUGCUCAGUCGAGGAAACUUUGAAAAAUUUGUACGAGAUUUACUAUUGGUAAAACAGUAUCGUGUCGAAGUUUUUGUAAAACCUUCCCAAAGUAAGAAUAAUGAUUGGACUUUAGAGUACAAAGGAUCACCUGGAAAUCUAACGCAAUUUGAAGAACUGCUAUUUGAAACCAACGAGGUUAUCGUCAACAGCGCUGUUAUGACCAUUAAACUUGGCAAGAAUUUUGCAGUUGCUUUGAGCUGUAUAGAUGCCACAGAAGGACAAUUUUAUGUUUCUGAAUUUAAUGAUAAUGAACUUUUCACCGAGUUGGAAGCUUUAAUUGCGCAAAUUAGUCCUAAAGAAUGUAUUAUUCAGAGUGGUGACGCACCAGAGUUGGUCACUUUACACGCGGUGCUUCAAAGAAAUCAAAUUCUAGUAACGAAAUUUAAAAAAACGGAAUUUGGAACAGAUGAUGUAGUUCAAGACUUAAAUAGGCUUUUGUAUUUUCUUAAGGACCAAGAGAGAAAUGCUAGUGGCAUUCCUGAAAUGGGGUUAACAGAAGCAAUGAGUUGUUUACAAGCGGGAAUCAAAUAUUUAAACUUAGCGGCUGAGGAAAGCAAUUAUAAUCAAUUUAAAAUAAGUAUUUACACUGCUGAUCGAUUUGUACGCCUGGACAGCGCUGCGAUUUCGGCUCUCAAUCUUUUUCCUAAGUCACAAUCUUCUUAUAACAAUAAGACGGCUGUGCAUGGUAGUCUUCUAGGCGUUCUGGAUAAAUGCUGUACAGCACAAGGUCGGCGACUGCUCGCCAAAUGGGUUAAACAGCCUCUAAGGGACAUAAACGUUAUUAAUGAAAGAUUAGAAGUAGUCGAGACACUUCUUCAGAAUUCCGAACUUCGCCAUAUGCUACAUAGUAACUGUUUAACACGCACUCCAGACUUAUUACUAUGGAGCAAAAAGUUAACUAACUGCAAGGCGUCGUUACAAGAUUGUUAUCGAGUGUAUCAGACUGUUGGGAAUGUACCUUCGAUCGUAAAUGUCUUGAGGAAGGCUGAGAAUACUUGUAUUAAGUCCAUACUUAUUGAUCCUAUCUGUGACGUUUUGCUGGACAUGGAGCGGUAUCAAAGUAUGAUUGAAGAAACACUAGACUUGAACUUGGUAGAUCGUGGGGAAUAUUUUGUAGUAGCAUCAUUUAAUGAUCAACUGCAAGAAUUAACAAACAAAAAAACGAAAAUUGAAGAAAAAAUGCAAAAAGUUUUACGCUCUGCCGCAAGCGAAUUAGGAUUUGAAGCCGGAAAAUCGAUAAAAUUAGAAUGUACAGAGCAGCACGGAUACUUUUUCAGAGUCACCUUAAAGGAAGAACAAGCAUUAAGGAAAAAUAAAAAUUUCAUCAUCAUUGAUGCGAUCAAGGGAGGUGUUCGAUUUUCAAACAACGCCUUGAAGCAGCUAAACAGUGAUUACAUGGAGCUGAAUACAAAUUAUGAAAAAGAACAAAAAUCAGUUGUCAAAGAAAUUUUGGAAGUAGCAGCCGGUUAUGGAAAUACCGUACGAAAUUUGAAUCUCCACGUAGCCAAAGUAGACGUUCUCGUCUCCUUUGCAACUGUCGCUGCCGAUUCACCCAUACAGUUUGUUAGACCGAAAAUGCACAAGGAAGGCUCUGGUGUACUAUCGCUGACAAAAGUUAGACACCCUUGUUUAGAGCUACAGGAUGGAUUAACAUUUAUUCCAAACGAUGUAAAUUUUAAAGCGAAUGAAGCUGUAUUUUAUAUAAUGACUGGACCUAAUAUGGGCGGGAAGAGCACGUAUAUUAGAAGCGUUGGGAUUGCAGUUUUAUUAGCUCACAUAGGUAGCUUAGUCCCUUGUGUAGAAGCCGAAAUUUCUGUUGUCGAUUGCAUAUUGGCAAGGGUAGGUGCUAAUGAUUCCGAAAUAAAAGGCCUGUCAACUUUCAUGCUAGAAAUGGUGGAGACUUCUAGCAUUAUAAAGACCGCCACAUCGAAUUCAUUGGUUAUAAUUGAUGAAUUAGGGCGGGGCACAUCUACCUACGACGGUUGCGGUAUAGCAUGGGCUAUUGCAGAAUAUUUGGCUACGAAAACAAUGUGCUUCACAUUGUUUGCAACUCAUUUCCAUGAAAUCACACAGUUAUCUGAAAAGUAUCCAACAGUACAUAAUAUACAUGUGACAGCAGUUACAACAGAAAAAACAAUUACACCAUUGUACCAGGUCAGGGAAGGCGCUUGUGAUAGAAGUUAUGGAAUUCAUUGCGCUCGUUUGGCAGAGUUCCCCAAAGAUGUUCUUGAAAAUGCAGCAGAACAUCUUGAACAGCUGGAAGGUAAUGAAAUGAAAUUUAUUAAGGAUUUUGAACCCAGUUUAAAAUGUAAAAUUGUACAGGAAGGUAAUAAUAUCGUGAAGGAGGCCUUGGCAAACUGUAAAAACUUAAAUUUGGACCUAUCUGAUGAAGAACUUUUAUCACAGUUAUGUUCAAUCAAAAAUGAUAUAGAGGAGAGAAAUCUUUUUGUUAAGGGACUGUUGUCGGAUUAAUAUCCUAGUUUCAGAGUUCCUGAGUCAUUCACAUGUAUGUUUUUUAGUAAGGUCCAAUCGUACACAUUAAAUAAUUGAGCGAA